ACAAGAAUAUUUCGAGCAUUUCCCAAGGCUUCUUCCUUUCUUCUCCUAAUCAUGAAUAGUUGCCAACCGCACGAACAUCUCAGCAGUACAGCAUCCAUCGUGCUAUCAGCGUGGCUCUCUCUGUCCAGUCUUGCAGCUGUAACUGGAAACGCAGUUAUGUUGUGGUUGUUCUACAAACACGCGUCUCUACGAACAAUUUCCAACCGCUUUUUAGCCUCUUUAUCAAUAGCAGACCUAUUAGUUGGGCUUGUUGUGGGCCCUACGUUGAUCGUCAUUGAAUUUUGGAUUCAGCCUCCAGUUCUCUCAAGUUUGUUCGACUUUGCAGAGAUAUUGUGGGUUCACACAACCGCCGCCACCACUUUCAACACUUGUUGUGUUUCUAUAGACCGGUUUAUUGCGAUUCGGUUUCCUUUCCGUUACCAGGUCAGUGUAACAAAGAAAAGAUGUUACACAGUUAUUUUUUUGGUGUGGCUAUUUUCUUUAAUUCUUCCUUUCUCGAUGUUUCUGGUAGAUUAUGAGCCCAUGAUAAAUUAUUUUGUGUCGAUGAUUUUUCUUGCGUUUAUAAUAUCUGUUAUUCCAUUACUUGUAGUUUCAUUUUUCUACGUUUGUAUUUUUAAAUCAGCAAAAAAACAAUUUAAGAGAAUAUUAGCAAGAGAAAAUCCUACAAUAAACAACGAUAGUUUUAAAGCUCGUACCAUACAAAACCUUAAAGCUAUCAAAACAAUUGGUCUUGUUUUGGGUGCUUGCAUUAUCACAUGGAUGCCCAACUUAGUUCUGUUGCUUGUUGAAUGUUAUUAUGUCUUAGAAAAUAACUGGGCUAGAAUUUGUUCGUUGAACCUUGUUGUGUCGCCGUGGGUUGGGACAGUCGCUUUUACCUCAUCAGCAAUUAAUCCAUUCAUAUAUUACCUUCGAAAUCAAGAAUUCCGCGAAGCCUUUCGUCGUACCUUCCGUUGGCUUCCUCGUAAACGCACUGGAGAAAGCACUCCACAAACUGGGUUGAAACCAAGUCGACGCCAGAUUUUACGAACUGUUGUGAGACCUGGAGAUGCAGCGAAUAAAGAGACAGAGCUCUGAGGACAACUCAGUCGAAACAAGACUUUUUCUUCUAUGAACAGACGAGGCUAAAACGGACCAAAACUUUCAUUAGUCCAUUUUCCUGUAAUUUCGGUUAAAAAUCUAAUUAAAAAACAU